AUGUCUGAAACCGAAGGCUCCGCUGUCGAGGACAAGUAUUUCUCCAUCGAGGAGGUCCAGAAACACAACACCACCGAUGACUUGUGGAUCGUUUACAACGGCCAGGUCUACAACGUCACUCCAUACUUGGAUGAGCAUCCCGGUGGUGAAGAGGUGAUUGCCGAUGUGGCUGGCACUGACGCCACUGAGGCCUUUAACGACAUUGGUCACUCUGACGAUGCCCACGAUAUCUUGAAGGGUUUGAGACUCGGAAAGUUGGAGGGCGGUACCAUUGUUGAGGCCCAGGGUGUCACCUCUGCUGGUGCUGCUGCCGAUGUGUCUGGUAUCCCAUUCCCCUUGUUGGCUGCUGCUGUCUUUGCCUUGGCUGCCGGCGUGUACUUUUACCUAAACUAA